AUGGGUGAUAAAUCAAGCUCUUCAACGGUUACGACCGAAACCAAAGCCCUGCAUCCAAUGUACUUUGUCUCUAACAUACAACAUAAAGUUCGAAUCCUGGAUGGAGUCAAAGUUACCUACACGGCAUGGGUGAAACUAUUCAAACUUCAUGCUCGCGGAUAUGAAGUAUUAGAACAUAUCGAUGGAACCGAUCCCCUGUCUGAAACUUCUGGUGAAUAUGAGUCCUGGAGGAAGAUUGAUGCCAUAGUCCUUCAAUGGAUCUAUGGCACACUGUCUGAUGAUUUGUUAGUCCGAGUAUUAGAAGCCGAAUCGACUGCCCAGCAGGCUUGGAAUCGGAUUCAAGCCAUAUUUCAGAACAACAAAAACUCUAGAGCAUCUAAUCUUCUUCAUGCAUUCACUACCACUACCCUAGCCUCUUGUGCUAACAUGAAUGAAUAUUUUCAGAAAUUGAAAGAUAUUGCAGAACAGUUAAGCGAUGUGGAUCAACCAGUUACAGAGUCACGAUUGGUGCUGCAAAUGGUUUCCGGGCUUCCACCCGAAUAUGAUACCACGGCUGCGUUUAUUACACAGUCCAACACGACCUGGGAUGAGGCUAUUGACAUGAUUCAUUGUGAGCAACGCAGACAAGCGGCUAGAACACAGACUUUUCAAUCAGCUUUUGUCGCUCCUCGAACCAACAACCCAACGCCUAACGGCUCCGCCUCGUACCCGGUAUCCAACCCGACCCCUACCCCACCUCCAUCUAACCAUCCAACUCCACAUUAUGACCAGUACCAACAACGCCAAUACCAAUGCGGACGUGGCCGUGGUCGUGGGUACCGAGGAGGACGUGGCAGGGGGCGCUAUAACCAUUCUUAUAAUUCACAACAACAGGCCCCUUACCAUCCUUGGACAAACCCCACCUCCACCGGAUACCCACCAUCACAUGGUUACAGGCAAAACACAAAUGGGUAUGGUUGGUGGCCCGCCCCACCUCCACGUCCUCACCCUCAUCAGUCACCGUGA